AUGGAAAAAGUUCUUCAGAUCAUCAUCGCUCUUUCAGGGCUGAGCGCUGUCUCCUCACAUGCUGAACGUCAGUACCAUUUUGUUUAUGAAGCAAAGACCAUGUCUGAAGCACAGAGAUACUGCAGAGAGAAACACACAGACCUGGCCACUGUAGACAGCAUGGAGGUUGUGGAGCUCCUGAACAACAUGGCAGGCCAAUACAAACAAUCAGCCUGGAUAGGGCUGCACGAUGACUGGGACACCUGGAAGUGGUCGAUGUCAGACCCAAGCUUCUACGGACCGGGGGAGACGGAGUUCAGACCAUGGGGGCCUGGAGAACCAAGCAACAAGCACAAUGAACAAUGCACAUAUUUUGAUUAUGAUGGAAGAUGGCAUGAUUUUGAUUGUAAUGACCGAACCUGGGCGGUCUGCUUUGAUGUCACAGGGCCGAAUGCAACAUUUGUCCUCAUCAACAGCCUAAUGACAUGGACUCAGGCCCAGAGCUACUGCAGAGAACACCACACAGACCUGGCCAGUGUGAGAAACCAGACAGAGCACCAGCAGAUAUUUGAACUGUUCCCUGGAGGUAAUCCUUAUUGGAUCGGCCUUUACAGAGACUCCUGGAAGUGGUCCGAUGGAAGUUUCUACUCCUUUAGGUACUGGGCAAAUAUACCUGUCUACAGAGGUCUCAAAGCUUGUGUGGCUGCAGAUUUCGACAACUUUGGAAAAUGGGAGGACUUGGACUGUGGAGUGAAGAAACCAUUCAUUUGCUACGGACCUGUGCCUGUUUCAAUGAAAGUGAUAAAGGUGAGCGUGGAGAAACCAAACGGUGUGGAUCUGAACGACCCCGCUUUUCUGGAUGCGAUGUUGGUGGAGGCGAAAAAGAACCUAAGGGCCCAGGGAUUGGACGACAACGUCCAACUGGCCUGGAGGAAGCAGCCGGAUGGACAAGUCUUCCAGAAGGAGGAGGAGAAGAAGAGGGAUGAGGAUAAAAGAGAGCAGCGGCUGCAGCACAGAGCGUAUGCGGCGGGGUUAAAACCUGUACUCCUGCCCCCUCGGAGGGGGUCUCCCCCGGUGGAGUGUCCAAGGCUGCGUCCCACAGCAUUUGGUAAAAGACCUGGGCUGAGCGCUGUCUCCUCACAUGCUGAACGUCAGUAUAAUUUUGUUUCUGAAGCAAAGACCAUGUCUGAAGCACAGAGACACUGCAGAGAGAAACACACAGGCCUGGCCACUGUAGACAGCAUGGAGGUUGUGAAGCUCCUGAACAAAAUGGCAGGCCAAUACAACCAAUCAGCCUGGAAAGGGCUGUAUGAGGACGUGGACACCUGGAGGUGGUCACUGUCAGACCCAAGCUUCUACAAACCGGGGGAGAUGGAGUUCAGACGAUGGGGGUCUGGACAACCAGGAUGGGAUGAUGUUGUUUGUGACAACCGCUACUGCGCAGUCUGCUGUGAGGUCAAAGGCUGUAUGUCGUGGUGCCUCUACUCAGCACUUCUCUGGGGUCCAUUUUCAGGACCGAAUGUGAGAUUUCUCUCCACUGAUGGUGUAAUGACAUGGACUGAGGCCCAGAGCUACUGCAGAGAACACCACACAGACCUGGCCAGUGUCAGAAACCCGGCGGAGGAGGAGCAGAUUGUUGAGCUGUUACCUGGAGGGAUAUAUUGGAUCGGCCUUUACAGAGACUCCUGGAAGUGGUCCGAUGGAAGUUUCUCCUCCUUCAGGUACUGGGCAGAAAAUGAACCUAAACACAGAGCUUUUAAGGUUUGUGUGGCUGAAACCAUUCAUUUGCUACGGACCAAGUCUUCACACCAGGCUCCCAUCGGUCGUGACACAUCGCCAACUGCCAACGGUUUCCGCUACCCUUUCUUCAUCAUCUGCCUGACAGCUGAAGAAAUUCUACCUGCCAAAGUCGAUGAUGGUUUCUACACCACCAUCAUCGAGUCCAUCCUCACCUCCUCCAUCACCAUCUGGAGGCUGCGCUCCAUCAGGACCAAAACCUCUCGCAACCUGAACAGUUUCCUCCCCUCUGCUACCGGGCUGAGCGCUGUCUCCUCACAUGCUGAACGUCAGUACCAUUUUGUUUCUGAAGCAAAGACCAUGUCUGAAGCACAGAGAUACUGCAGAGAGAAACACACAGACCUGGCCACUGUAGACAGCAUGGAGGUUGUGGAGCUCCUGAACAACAUGGCAGGCCAAUUCAAACAAUCAGCCUGGAUAGGGCUGUACGAGGACCGGGACACCUGGAGGUGGUCGAUGUCAGACCCAAGCUUCUACGGACCGGGGGAGAUCGAGUUCAGAGGAUGGGGGACUGGAGAACCAACCAACGGGCACGAUGAACAAUGCACAAUAUUUUAUUCUGAUGGAAGAUGGAAUGAUUAUUAUUGUAAUGGCGCCUUCAGUGUGGUCUGCUUUGAUGUCACAGGGCCGAAUGCAACAUUUGUCCCUAUUGACAGCAAAAUGAACUGGACUGAGGCCCAGAGCUACUGCAGGAAACACCACACAGACCUGGCCAGUGUGAGAAACCUGGCGGAGAACCAGCAGAUUGUUGAGCUGUUAUCUGGAUGGCAAUCUACCGCCUGGAUCGGCCUUUACAGAGACUCCUGGAAGUGGUCCGAUGGAAGUAACUCCUUCUUCAAGUACUGGGCAGAUAAUGAACCUAACCUUUACAUAGUUUUAAAUGUUUGUGUGGCUGCAGAUUUCGACAACUUUGGAAAAUGGGAGGACUUGGACUGUGGAAUGGAGAAACCAUUCAUUUGCUACGGACCUGUGCCUGUUUCAAUGAAAGUGAUAAAGGUGAGGGUGGAGAAACCAAACGGUGUGGAUCUGAACGACCCCGCUUUUCUGGAUGCGAUGUUGGUGGAGGCGAAAAAGAACCUAAGGGCCCAGGGAUUGGACGACAACGUCCAACUGGCCUGGAGGAAGCAGCCGGAUGGAAAAGUCUUCCACAAGGAGGAGGAGGAGAAGAGGGAUGAGCUCUAAAGCUGAAUUGCUGUUUCGGCUUUUAUCAGAGAGAAGUGUAUUUCUUUCCUCAAAGUCCUCGUGUUACAGAAUACAGCUGCAACAAUGAUCUGAAUAAUCUAUCAGUAGUGAGAUAAGAUAAGAGCUGUAAUGUUUUCUCUUGUUAUAUAUGGUUUUGAAGUUAAUAUGUUUGGGGUUUUAACUGUUCAUGUAUCUGCUUG